AUGUUUGAGUCAUUGGUCCAAAAGGAUAUUCUUAGAUCAUUCAAUAAUAUUAUUAUGGAAGAGCAACACGGUUUCCGCCCUGGUCGUUCUACUAUCACUAACAGCCUAAUUGUUCAUAAUUAUAUUUUCAACGCUUUCCAACAUCAUUCACAGGUGGACGUUAUUUACACGGAUUUUAAUAAGGCCUUUGAUACCGUGAACCAUGCUGUCUUAGUGAAAAUUCUAAAAGAUUGUGGCACUGGUGAGCCGCUAUUGUCUUGGCUUAAAUCCUACCUAGAUAACAGAUACCAAUGGGUUAAACUACCCAAUGUUAAAUCUAAUGUGUUCUUUACCCCUCUGGUGUUCCCCAAGGUGGACACCUGUCCCCUUUGCUCUUUUCCAUCUUCAUCAACAGCCUUAGCAAAACACUAA